UGCGCAGGCGCGGUUCCGGGUUCCCGGCGGCGUGUCUCUCUUUCCCGGGGUUCCCUGUAUCUUGGCUAGUGUGCGACGCCGGGUCCUCCCGGUCCGUCUCUCACCGCGGCCCUCCCUUUGCUCCGGACACCCGCCCCGCCGCCCUCCAGCUUCUGGGGCCUCUGUUCCGUCCCCCAGGCCUCCUCCGGUAACAGACCCAUGGCCGAGCGCGGGGAGCUGGACCUGACCGGCGCCAAACAGAACACGGGAGUGUGGCUGGUCAAGGUUCCUAAGUAUCUGUCACAGCAAUGGGCUAAAGCACCUGGAAGGGGUGAAGUUGGGAAACUACGGAUUGCCAAGAAUCAAGGAAGGACUGAGGUGUCGUUUACUUUGAAUGAGGAUCUUGCAAAUAUUCAUGAUAUUGGUGGAAAACCAGCUUCAGUUAGUGCUCCUAGAGAACAUCCAUUUGUCUUGCAAAGUGUUGGAGGACAGACAUUGACAGUGUUUACUGAGAGCUCAUCGGAUAAGCUGUCACUGGAAGGAAUAGUGGUACAAAGAGCUGAAUGCCGACCGGCUGCCAGUGAAAACUACAUGAAAUUGAAGAGAUUGCAAAUAGAAGAAUCUUCUAAACCUGUAAGACUAUCACAACAACUGGACAAAGUUGUAACAACCAAUUACAAACCUGUUGCUAAUCAUCAAUACAAUAUUGAAUAUGAAAGGAAAAAGAAAGAAGAUGGAAAGCGAGCACGAGCUGAUAAACAGUAUGUUUUAGACAUGCUAUUUUCAGCCUUUGAGAAACAUCAGUAUUAUAAUCUUAAGGACUUGGUGGACAUAACGAAACAGCCUGUGGGUUUUCUGUUUUUGUUUCAGGGGUACCUGAAGGAAAUCUUGAAAGAAAUUGGUGUUCAGAACGUAAAAGGGAUCCACAAAAACACAUGGGAGCUGAAGCCAGAGUACAGACAUUACCAAGGAGAAGAAAAGAGUGAUUAAGAAGAGUCCCAGCCAGCCUGCUAAGGGAACAAGUCCCGGGCGAUGCUGAGCAAAGGCCUUGGCACUGGGAUGCUUGAGCAGCAAUGUUAACAGGGGUAAAAUGACAAUACUUCCAUUUCUCUUGGUACAUUUUAUAAAUCUAUAAUUCUUAUAAAGUUUCUUAAGUGUUUUUUGAGGAGAAAGAACAGAUUUAUUUAUAGACUUAACUUGUAUUAAACCAGAUUAUUCUCAAUGGGAAUGGGGGUUGGGGGGAUUUAGAGGGUCUUUCUUAAGUAUUAACUUUCAAUAUGUGAGAUUAGAAAAUGUCUUUUAGACUGGGCUUGGCGGCUCAGCCUGUAAUCCCAGCACUUUGGGAGGCUGAGGCGAGUGGAUUGCCUGAGCCCGUG